AUGCUUGCGUCGAUGACGCAAGAUAAAGUAAAUGAUACAAGUGACAGUAUUGGGAAAUAUUUAUCAUUAUCUGAAAAACUUCCUCGUUUACUAUCAACAGAAAAUCGAGAUGACUUGUAUAAUAUAAUUCAACAACAAUAUGGAGGUGUUUGGGGAACAUUUAAAUUUGAAGAUUCUCUCGGAGAUUGUUCAGGCGAGAGUCGACCAUUUCUUUAUGUGGAUGGUAAUAUUGAUUUAUAUGUUCUAAGUCAAUUCAUGGCUAAAGAAUGGAAAUUAGAAAAACCAAAUUUAGUUGUACCUAUUCUCAGUGCAAUAUCACGCUAUAAAAUCUUUAAAAAUCUUAACAUGAUUGAAGUAUUAAAAACUGGUAUAAGAAAUGUAAGUAUAUAA